AUGUCGGAACGCUGUAUGGCCUCUACCUUCGUCAAGCUGUCAGUCAGUAGAGUAGCACCCAGCCGGAAGCAGCGGGACGGAGCUGCAGCAGAUUUGAAAACGUUCAUAUUGUAACAUUAGGUUUCGCAAGAGUUUGUCACUGAUAUUGUGGCGUUUGAAGUUUUAUGCGUUUACUUAUGUUGCCAUCCAUCUAGGAAUGGAAAAAUUGCGAACAACAGGGAGGAACCCCGUUUCAUUUGCUCGCUAGCAAGCAGAGUAUUGUAGCUAACGUUAGCUAGCUGACGUUAGAUACUGAGAACGUGUACGAUCAAGGGGACUGUGUUAGUAAUGCCUGGUGUUUAAUGGGCGAACUGGUUGACGUUAGUGUGCUGAUAUUUUUUCUAAAUAUGUUGUUUUAAUUCAAGAAUUUUGACGAAAUGCUCUUGGAAGAUAAAUGCCUUGUCUCUAGAGCGCUAGCUAGCUAGCUAGCUAACAUUAGCCGCAACUGGGGUUCGAGGCUCAGGAAGGAAGGGGUGACUGAUGUUUGAGGGAAGUGCUGCUGUUUUAACUAUCUUGCUAGCUAACCAACAAGCUCGCUGCCAUUAUCCGAAGACAAGAAGUUUUGUUGCAUUUUACAAGAAGUAACUUAGCUAGCUAACAUAACUGUAUGACACGGUAUCCACUGGCCGUGGAGAGGAAACCUGGGAUACGAAGAAAAAUAAGUAACGUUACGCCCGGUCCACAUUUUUUCUGCGCCUCAAUUUUUGAGACACGCGCUGGAAUUUGCAACAACGCGAACCGUCAGUUCUUGGACAAAUUGAUUUAUAUUAAACAUGGCUACGGCUAGCAGCAUUGCCGCAUCCAUUGCGAGUAAAACGAAGACGAAGAAAAAACACUUCGUGGCUCAGAAAGUGAAGCUGUUCCGUGCCAGCGACCCUCUGCUCAGCGUCCUAAUGUGGGGAGUUAACCAUUCGAUUAAUGAGCUCAGCCACGUUCAGAUCCCAAUCAUGCUGAUGCCUGACGACUUCAAGGCCUACUCGAAGAUCAAGGUCGACAACCACCUCUUCAAUAAGGAAAACAUGCCAAGCCAUUUUAAGUUCAAGGAAUAUUGUCCUCUUGUCUUCCGUAAUUUAAGAGAGAGGUUCGCCAUUGAUGAUCAGGACUUCCAGAAUUCCCUGACCCGAAGCGCCCCCGUCACCAGCGACGCCCAAGGUCGCAGCGGGGCGCGCUUCCACACCUCCUACGACAAGAGGUACGUCAUCAAGACCAUCACCAGCGAGGACGUGGCCGAGAUGCACAACAUCCUCAAGAAGUACCACCAGUUCAUCGUGGAGUGUCAUGGCAACACGCUGCUUCCCCAGUUCCUGGGCAUGUACCGCCUCACGGUGGACGGAGACGAGACCUACAUGAUCGUCACUCGCAACGUCUUCAGCCACCGGCUCUCGGUCUACAAGAAGUAUGACCUCAAGGGCUCCACAGUUGCCAGAGAGGCGAGCGACAAGGAGAAGCAGCCCCGCCCACCCGAGGAGGCCGCGCCCCCCAAAUCGCGCAUGCACCAAAAGCUGCAAACGAUCAGGAUCGCCACGCGUUUUUACUGCGCCAUCAAAAACGCCAAGGAGCUGCCCACGUACAAGGACAACGACUUCAUCAACGACGGCCAAAAGAUCUACGUGGACGAGAACAACAAGAAGCUGUUCCUGGAGAAGCUGAGGAAGGACGUGGAGUUCCUGGCCCAGCUGAAGCUGAUGGACUACAGCCUGCUGGUGGGCAUCCACGACGUGGAGCGGGCGGAGCAGGAGGAGGUGGAGAGCGAGGACAACGAGGGCGAGGAGGAGGGCGAGAGCGACGGGGGCGCCGUGGGAACCCCGCCCGACAGCCCCAGCAACACGCUGGACAGCACCAAGCCCUUCGGCCCCGGGGAGUUCGACCCCACCAUCGACGUCUACGCCAUCAAGAGCCACGACAGCGCUCCGAGGAAAGAGGUGUACUUCAUGGCGAUCAUCGACAUCCUGACGCAUUACGACGCAAAGAAGAAGGCGGCCCACGCAGCCAAGACGGUGAAGCACGGGGCCGGGGCGGAGAUCUCCACGGUGAACCCGGAGCAGUACUCCAAGAGGUUCUACGAUUUCAUCACCACCAUUCUGUCGUAGCCUGGGUGGCGGCCAGGUGGAGCGGUGGGCGUGGCGGCAGGGCCUCUGCAAGGGGUUGAGCGCAGGAGCCCGGGGGU